AUGAAUAUACCAUCAAUUAAAUUAAAAAUAUUAAAUGAAUUGAUUGAAAUACCAAAUGUAUUAUUUAUAAAUAAUGAAUGGGUAUUAUCAAAUGAAUCGAUAGAAGUAAUUAAUCCAGCAACAGAAGAGUCAUUGGGACACUUUCAUGCAGCUAGUACAGGUCAUGUUGAUAUGGCAGUAAGAGCGGCGAGACAAGCAUUUCAACGUGGUAGUCCUUGGAGAACCAUAUCUGGUAUGGAGAGGGGAAAGAUGAUGAAUCGAUUGGCUGAUUUGAUUGAAAAGGAUAGAGAGAUUCUUGCUCGUAUUGAAACUGUCAAUACUGGUAAACCAAUCUUUGAAAGUUUCAAUUUCGAUAUUGUUCAAGUAGUCAAUUGUAUUCGUUACUUUGCAGGUUUUACAGACAAAAUUGUUGGUAAAACUUUACCUCUAUCGGCUACUGAAAAUCUUGCCAAUCGUUCACUGUUGGCAUACACUAAACAAGCCCCCUUGGGUGUGGUUGGUAUGAUCCUUCCAUGGAACCUACCAUUACAAUUGUUAAUGUGGAAAUUGGCACCUUGUUUGGCAGCAGGUAAUACAGUAGUCAUUAAACCAUCGGAAAUUACACCAAUGACCACACUCUAUUUGGCUAAAUUGUUGGUGUUGGCUGGGUUCCCACCUGGUGUUGUCAAUGUAAUCAAUGGACGUGGUGAUACUGUUGGUAAUGCAAUUAGUGCUCAUAUGGAUAUUGACAAGGUUGCAUUUACUGGUUCAACACGUGUUGGUAAAAUGGUUCAAAUCUCUGCUACCAAUAGUAAUCUGAAACAUGUAUCAUUGGAGCUGGGUGGUAAAUCUCCAAUCAUUGUUUUUCAAGACUCGAUUGACAAAUUAGAUUCUAUUGUUAUGGAUUGUUAUCAUGCAUUAUUUUGGAAUGCUGGUCAAUGUUGUAGUGCUGCUUCUCGUAUUUAUGUUCAAAGUGGAAUUUAUGAUAGCUUUAUAAACAAAAUGUUGGAAUUGGUUAAAACUAGAAAGUUGGGUGAUCCAUUAAGUCAAGAAACUAAUCAAGGCCCACAAGCAACCAAACUUCAAUUUGAUACUGUCUUAAAGUAUAUUGAAAUUGGCAAAGCUGAAGGAGCAAAACUUGAAAUUGGUGGAAAGCGACAUGGAACCGUCGGAUAUUAUAUCGAACCAACCAUCUUUUCAAAUGUAAAAGAUGAAAUGACCAUUGCACGUGAAGAAAUAUUUGGACCUGUCAUGUGUAUACUAAAGUUUGACAAUACCGACGAAGUCAUUCAACGUGCAAACAAUUCAGAAUAUGGACUUGUUGGUAGUAUCUAUACAAAAGAUAUUAAUACUGCUUUAUUGAUUAGUGAUCAAUUGGAAGUAGGUUUAACUUGGAUAAACGCGUUUAAUGUCAUAGACGCCAGUGUGCCAUGGGGCGGCUUGGGGCUAUCUGGUAAAGGCCGUGAUUUAUCAAUGUUUUGUCUUGAUGGUUAUACUGAAACUAGAUCAUUUAUUAUUAAUGCAAGUCUUUAA